AUUUUGUGCCGGUUGGAUAAUAUAGUUAUCCCUUUGCGAUUUUAAAUAAAUUUUUUCUUCCCAAAUAAGUCACCAAUUUCAUACCCCCACCAGUGAUCUUAAUCCUACUCUUUCUCUCCGAAACAACUAUAUAAAGAUUUCUUCGCAUCCGUUUUUGUUGUAGAAAUUCAUUCCGUACCUUGAAAGAGUAACAUUUUUUUAUAUCAGAACACGCUAAUUUUAUUUAUUAGAUAAUACAAUCAGAUUAUACACAACCAUAUCAAGAAAAUAAUAUAAAAAUGACGCAAACAAUAAAUUUACAAUCAUUAAAAGUUGGGUUCAUUGGUGGCGGAAACAUGGCACGUGCUAUAGGAUUAGCUUUGAUAAAAAGAAAUAUUUUAAAUCCAAAAAAUGUAUGGAUAUCAGCACGAACAAGAGAAACACUUCAAAAUUGGAACCAAUUGACUUCAGAAAACCCUGUCAAUACGACGUUGAACAAUGCUGACAUAAUAAUCAACAGUGACAUAAUAUUUUUGGCUAUCAAACCCCAAUCACUUGUCUUGGCCAUUGAAGAUGCAAAAAAAACCUCUGAAGGACGUAAUUUAAUGUUGAAUAAUAAAUUAUUUGUAUCAGUACUUGCUGGUGUUACACUUGAUACAUUAGAAAAGGAAAUUCAACUACAUUUAGGACAACAAUUACCUUUGAAAAUUAUCAGAACAAUGCCAAACACACCGUUAAGUAUUGGAGAAGGCAUAACAGUAUACUCUCGAAAUGCCCAAGUAUCUGAAAGCGAUGCACUUCCAGUGGUUAAAAUGCUGUCACAAAUAGGCAUUAUUGAAGAGAUUCCGGAAAAUUUGAUUAACUCAGCCGGUGGUUUGGCUGGGUCAGGUCCAGCUUAUGCUUACCUUAUGGUGGAAGGAUUAGCUGAUGGAGCAGUGAAAACUGGUUUACCUCGUGCACUAGCAACUAAGUUUGCCGCACAAGUAUUAGUUGGUGCCGGGAAAAUGGUAUUACAAACGGAGAAACAUCCAGGACAGCUUAAAGAUGAAGUUUGUUCACCAGGUGGUACAACUAUUACAGGAAUGCACGCUUUAGAAACUGGAGCAGUAAGAGCAUCAUUGAUGAACGCAGUUGAUGCAGCAGUAAGAAGAUCUAAGGAGCUUGGAGCUUAGGGAUCAUUUUUUAUAUUUUUAAGAAAAAUUUUUAUCAGUUAUUUGAAAAGCAUGUCUAAUGCAGCAUUUAAAUUUGUGACACAUUAACAUACAAUUAGAAUUUUUUUCUAAUGUAUAUUUGCUACUGACUGUUAUUGUAUUUAUUAUGCAAUCAUAAUUACUGUGAAUAAAGUAUUUUUAACUUAA